AUGAGCACCAACCCCCCCCCCCAGCUGGCAGGCCACCCCCUCCCAGAAUACCUCCAAGCAAAGGCAGCCUUCGCCGCCCCCCUACUCCACCUAGUGGACAAGCAUAAGCUCCUCAGCAAAAUGGGCCUAGAGGAUAAGUCCCCUGCCACUGAUGACCUCCUACAACACAUCGCCUCCGCCUUCCACACCCAAGACCCCGGGUUGAACCCGGUCAAAGCCAUCAUCUCCCUCCUCCUGAGCCUCUCAACCCAAAUCGAGAAACUCACUACAGAGGUCCACACCCUAUCCGCGAGACACACCGCCGACGUUACCCUCCUCAACUCACGCAUCAACAACUGCACCCCUCAGCACUCCCCAGCCCCCGCCCCCCAGGCCCGCCCUCCCGCUCAACGACAACCUACCCACCAGUCCCGCCAGCCCUCACGCCCCGCCCCGGCCGUCCCUCCCCCCCAAAGCCCUAUAACCGAAGGAGCAGAGCCCUACCUCAACGACCCCAUCGAAACCAUCGACCAAAAUGGCAACAGACGCCUCCUCACCUAUGCCGAGAAACUCAAACAACACCAGACCAACUCCCGCCCCGCCGCCCCCUCCCCCGCCACUCGGAACGCAGGCCCCCGCAAAACCACAGCUCCUCAACCAGCAACAAACCUCCCCGCCGCCCAACGCCGAUUCUUCGCAACCAGAUCCAACCCCGCCCCCUUCCCGAACCAUCAACAACUCGAAGCGAGACUCCCCUCCGACUUCGGAAGGGUCCUAGCCAACGCAGGCCUCACCCACCCACACACCGCCCUACAAGUCCAGGUCAACCGUAAUGGCACAAUUACCUGCACCGCCUCCCCCUCCACCCCUGCCAAAGACAUCGCUCCCUACUUCCCCGGUCUCCUAGCAGUCCUGAACCUCACCUGCAGUGCUACCGAUAACCCGCUCAACGAUUUCCAGCUCGCACCAACCAACGUCGACUAA